AUGGUCCUCCACCUGCCACAGUACCGAUCACCUCCAGUGACCCAGGCCCUUAUUCUGGUCAAGCCGCCUAUGACUCUCCUGGACCUCAGGUACUUCCUGGCGGCAGUGUGGCCCCUCCGGCCCCUAUGGGACCACCACCGGUUCCUCCUUAUGUGGAUCCCUCCCAGCGCCAGACCCUACCACGACUUCGGAGACGAGAUCGCGGCCGCCCUCGAGAUGAAGAACGUUCUCGCGCUGAAGACCGGGAUCGUGAUCGUCAUCGCCGUCGACGUCGUUCGGUAUCCCCACUUCCUCCUGACCCUCUACCUGCUGGACCUUCUCCUCCGAUUCCAUCAACCCCGGGACAUUCUGAUGCCAUCCCGAUCGGCCACACAGUUCCACCUCCGGCUGUCUCCAAGCACACUGGACGACCUCUUGCACCGAAGGUCAAAGCGCGACCGCAACUUCCUCCUCCACGCACCACAACGGCGACAACCGGCCGAUCCCGUAGUCGGCGUCGCCGCCGCGACCGUGCUGACCGAGACCGUGAUGAUCGUGAUGAUCCUGACCGCUCUCGAGGUGCGCGUGAUGUUCCCCAUCGCGAUCGAGACCGUGAUCGACAUCGGCGGGAUCUGA